AUGAGAUUCAAAAUAGGGGAUAAAGUGGAGGUUUUGAAGAAUAAGGAAUGGUCAAUUUCAUGGCGUGCCGGGAAGGUUUUAUCUAUCAGCGGCCAUAAACAUCUCGUGCAGUAUGAGUCAAAUCCCGACACGCUUAGUAACAAAAAUGUGGAGAUUGUUUCAAGUAAGUUUAUGAGGCCACAACCUCCUCUUGUUAAGGAUGUGGAAAGCUAUUCUGUUGGUGACAUUGUGGAGGUGUUUUAUCAAGAUUCUUGGAAGAUUGGUAUUGUUUUGGAUACUUUGGGACGUCAAAGUGGAAUUAAAAGAAAUAGGAAAACUCGGCAAAUGCAGUUUCUAGUUCGGAUAUUUGGGUGCUCACGAGAUUUAGCUAUUGACAGCUCGGAUAUCAGGCCAAGACAAACCUGGAUUGGUGAGAAAUGGGUUCUGAUGGGAAAGGGUUCCCAAUCACGCGAUGACAACGCAACUAGUCGACCAUUGACAUCAUCAAACUACUUCCGAAGCAAUCGACUGAGAAGGCAUCUCGCGACUGUCCAAGGCAACACUUCCUUGCUUUUUGAAGAACAAAACAAGCCCCCGCAAAAAUUAAAAACGAGCGAGAAAGAAGCCCAAAAGCGUCGAGCAAAGACCCCCUCGAUCGUAAUAUCAAACGAAUUUACCAAAAGGCGAAAAAAUCAUGUUUGCGACUUCUCCUCGUUCAAAGGCUCUGAUUUGAAUACUUCAGACAUCGAUGCUUGUUCGGUUGGGAGUUGUAGUAUCGUCUCAAACAGUUUCAAAAAUUCAUGCGGUCGUUUUCUAUCUACAAAUGAGUUUGACCAAGAAAGAGAGACGCUUAUUAGUGAUGCCGAGUCUUUUUAUGGGACAGGCUCAGGAAGAAAAAUCUUUCUCUCUCAUCCUCGAGACGAGGAUUUAGAGGUAAGUGUAAGAGAGCUAGAGUUGCAAGCUUAUCGUAGCACGUUGAGAGCAUUGCAUGCUUCUGGUCCCUUGAGUUGGGAACAGGAGGCCAUGUUGACAAAUCUUCGUAUUAUGCUCCGUAUUUCGAAUGACGAGCAUUUGAAUGAGCUGAAGCUCCUAAUUUCCACUGAUAUGGCUGUUAGUGUUAGAUAUGGGUGA